AACUUGUGUACAAAAGACAAAUGGGCAAACCAUCGGAUCACUUCACCAACGACCGUAUUUUUAGUAACCGAGUGAAGGCUGCUUGUUGGGAAAAGGCUACUCCUGUUCCUGGUAGAGAUCCUGAUCGUUGGCGUUUAGACGCAUUUCGUAAUCCAGUGUGCAAAAGAUUAACUUCUUGUGAAGGUUGUCUUUGCCACGAGUAUGAUCACGUCAUUCCCUAUUCUCAAGGUGGAGCUUCUACUGUUGAAAACUGUCAAAUAUUGCAGACUAGAAUCAAUCGUUUAAAAGCUGAUCGUCAAUUGACAGCAGAACAACUUGAGUCAUUCAGUUGUGAGAUCACUUUUUCUGAACGGGAGCUGGAUCUCAUCGAGAUGGCGGUAUAUGGAAAUGUUCAAAGAGAUCACUUUCGGUGUCGUUGUAAGAGUUUUUUUGAAGUGUAUAAAGCAUCGACAAGUAAUUAGUCCAUUUUGCGCUGUGGAAGUGGCAUUGUUUUUAA